AUGGUCCCCCCUGAUGAGGGAGGCGGCGGCGAUGGGAACAGCAGCGGCAACGGCAGCGAUGGCGUCAUCGGUAGGGCUGACUACCCAGCCUGCGCGCCUAGCCUUCUCGGCACGCCGUACGUGGCGUCUCAGGGCGGGCGUAUGCUGGUGGUCGGCGCCACGAAGGCAAAGGGCUGGAGCGCCGACCGCUCGCUCGCCGAGUGCGGGCGUGAGGUGGACGCGGGGCGGUAUGCAGCGGAGGCGUCCGCUGCAGCGGCGGCGCUGUCUGCAGCUGCCAGCAGCAGUGGCGGCAGCAACGGCAAGGGUGGAGGCGUUUCGGCGGCAAUCGCUGCGCUGUGGGUGGUGUCCCUGGUUGCGCGUCUCCUGCUGGCCCUGCUCAACGGCGUGAAAGAGAAUCAGGCGGUCGGUGGCGGCGGCAAGCGCGGGCCGGACCUCAAAACUCUCAUCAAAGAGUCCCAGACGGCCAAGAGGAGCGCCCUGACCAAGGAGGACAUGGCCGCGCACCACGCGCUGUUCCUCACGACCCUCAAGGGCCACGCUGACGCCAUCAACGGCGUGGCCUGGAGCCCCGACGGGCGGCUGCUGGCCAGUGCGUGCGACGACCUGACGCUGCGCGUGUUCGACAUGCAUGACGUCACCAGCAAAGACCCAAAGUUCAGGUUUGUGCGCACCAACCAGGCGCCCCUGGCCUGCGGGUUCGGCAACAACCCCAACGAGCUCGUCGCCGUCAUCAGGGAUAUCCCGGAUCAGGCGCGCCUGGUCCUGUUCUCCCCCACCAAGGGCAAGGGCGCGGCGGUCGCGUUCGAGGCGCAGUGGGAGACCCCCAAGGCCCUGGACAAGGAGCAGCUGAUGGAAGCAGUGGUGGUGCCCGCGAGCGCCACUGGCGCAGGCGUCGCCAUCCUGCUGUCGCCGAAGAAGUUUGGCCGCGUGCUGCGGCUGUCUGAUGGGAAGCCCCUUGCCGUCUUCGAGCCCAACAGCCUGGGGAACCACGCCCUGGCGGUGUCUGCGGGCGGCCGCUUCUUCGCGGUCGCGUCCUUCACUGCGGACGUCAAGGUGUGGGAGGUGGAGUGGGGGCGCGACGGCUUCAAGGGGGUGCAGCGCGCAAUGGAUCUGAAGGGGCACUCGCGCAAGGUGAUGAGCGCGGCCAUCAGCCCCGACGGAACACGCGCCGCCACUGUGUCGGAAGACGGCAGCCUGCGGGUGUGGAAAUUGGACGUGCGGUACACCCUGAAGGAGGACCCCAAGACGCUGAUGGUGGUGCCGCUGGCGAGCCUGGGGCUCAAGGAGGGGCAGACCUUUGAGAAGUUGGCCUGGGGCCUGGACGGCACCAUAGCGGCCGUGCACGGCCAGCACAUACACUUUGUCGACAGCGGCAGCGGGCGCCUCCUGGAGACCCUCCACGCGCACGAGGGGCCCAUCUCCUGCCUCACCUGGGCGCCCGCGCUCCUGGACGUCGGCGGCGGGCGGCGGGCGGCGGUGCUGGCGUCGUGCAGCGGCGACCGGCGCGUGCGGGUGUGGCGCAGCCCCAAGGCGGCUGAGGAGUGA